AUGAACACAAAUAUUCAAGAGGAUCAUCAUGGUGAUGGAGAAGACGAAUACAAUGAUGAUGAAGACUAUGAUGAUGUCGACCAAUCGAUGGACUAUCAAUCACCGUUUAAAUCACCACCUCCAAAGUUUAUGAGACCGUCCAACAACAACAACAACAACAAGAUAGCUGCCACUCCCACUGCCACUGCUAGUAGUAGUGCAAUCAAGACACCUGUCAUUCGUCAUCAUAAUAAUAACAACAACACAGGUGGUGGUGGUAAUCAUAUUGAUGUAUCGCAAUUCCCUCUAUCGACUCCGUCGUGGACACCAAAGACAACAACAUCUACCAACUCAACAACAUCACCAAUGUCACCAGAGAUGACUACCGGUAGUAGUAAUAGAUCGACAUCAGAGAUUGAUGAAGAUGCAACUCUAUCAGCUACACCAACUUUUUCUACACCUGGAUCAUCAAUAUUUAGAUCAAUUGAUCAAGAUGAUGACGAUGAUGAUAAAGAUAAUGAAGAUGGAGAAGGAGAAGAAGGAGAAACAACAACAACAACACCAUCUCAAUCAGCACAAUCAAAACAAAUACUAUCACCUGUAUCCCCAACUUCAACUUCACCAUACAGACAAUUUAAAGCACCAACUAUAACUAAUUUAUCAGCAAAGAAACAACAACAACCUCUAAAUAAUAAUAUUAAUAAUAAUAACAAGUUAACAGGGAUUAAAAGAAAAUCAAUCACACAACUAGACAAUAAGAAUAAGGUUAAAUCAUCAAAUGACAUAUCAUUGGAUGAAUUCUAUCAAUCCAUAAUCAUUUUCAAGUGUAUAGAGUGUGAUUGUAUUGUUGGUGAUAGUACAAUGAUCAUUGACACUUAUACAGAGGAACAAGAACGAUUUAUGAUUGACAAUCAUUCCUAUAUAUUAAGUAAAAUAGGUUUAAAUAUAAUCAUUGAAAAGGAUAAUCAACUACAACUACAACAACAACAACAACUACUACUAAAAUGUAAACAAUGUAAUCAUAUCAUUGGAAAAAUAGAAAGUAGUAGCGGUAAUAGUAAUAGUAGUAGUAGUAGUAGUAGUAACAACAAUAAUAAUUCUUUUAUUUUUUAUAAUAAUUCUCUAUCAUUAUCACUCCAGGAGUCAAACAGAAACCAACCAAAUAUAAAUUUAUUCUUAUUGCCAUGUACCAAAAGCAAAGAUGAAUAUGCCCACUAUCUUUCGUUCGAUUAUUUGGAUAUUUAUUACCAUGGUAACUUGGAGGCUGCAUUCAAAACAUUUGGAGCACCAAAAUUUGGUAGUUACCCAAUUGGUGCCAAGACUAUUAAUGUCAACACUAUGGAUGAAUUAGAUAUUGCCAAAAUGGCAAUGUUCUAUUGUGACAAGUUUACUAUCGAGGGUUCUGACACCUUAGAAAUCAAAAGAACCAAGUUUUCUAACUUUUUAAAACAUCAACUCGUUGUUUGA